AUGAAAUCCGCUCAUGGAUCACGGGCCAGCGGUCCUACUCGUCGAAAGAGGAUCAUCACGGCUGCUCGGAAGGAACAGAACCGCAUUGCUCAGCAGCUGUAUCGUCAGAGGCAAAAAGAAGGUUCCCGGCUUCGGGAAACCCAGAGUGCACACCGGCCAGCAAGACAUCAUCUGCUCCGGCCUCGCCCCCUUCUCAAAUCUUCAAAAUCACGAGGCAAAGCCAUCGAUACCACCGAAGUAACGACAAGAGACACUCUGGAGUCAAAUAACAAUCUGGUACGAGAUAAAACUCCAACUUCCAGAUACGAAUUGGACCCAUGCCUCUCUGAUCCUCUCGGUGUUGGUGAUGCUACCUCCAAUGGACUGGCCCUGUCGUUGACGACCUCCUCGUGUCUUCCUUUCACAGAUUGGAACUCGCUUGCUGGCCCCACAGACUACAAUCAACCAUCUACUCAAGGUUCAUUCUUCGCCGAUGAGGCAGGAUCACAAGAGCUCACUGCAUCAAACUUGUUUGACUUUGUUCUCACAGACGAGGAUUUGCCUCAGAUCUAUAACCCUUCAUCCUGGCCGGUACUUGAGGACGGAUUUCUCAGCACUGCAUCGUCUUCAAACCCUCGUACGACUGUUCGAGAUACUUGCUGGUAUCUUAGCGGCUGGGCGAAUACUUCCGGGUAUACAGACACAAGAAUGGACUUGAUUGCUCAUUUGAGAAAUGUUCCAGGAUUUCAAGACUUACUGUCUGCAACCAUAACUUUCAUAUACCAACGUUCGAUCUCGAGCAUACACUGCUCGGUAUCUAUGCCUGAUGCGUACAAGAAUUUCCUUCAAUGUUCUCAGACGGCGACAUUGCUGGCAUACUUCCACAACGCACGCUGUAUUGGUAUGGAAGUCCAGGAUCUCUUGAGGCACAGAUCGCUGUUCUAUUGUCCAAAUGCAAGCAUCACAGAUGAUCCUCAAAUGCUUCUUGAUGUGGCUCGCAAAACUUGGAUGCCAAUCCAUCUCCAACCAACACUAGAACAAAUUCUCAUACCUCACCACCCAUAUCUUGAUCUGCUUCCUUUCCCAGCAUUGCGUGCUCGCGCCAUCACGCUAUCGAAUACGAUGCCCAAACUCUUCGACCCUAUGGAGCUCAAACGAGAUAUUUUCAAGGAAGGACUUGUGUGCCUUCCUCGCGGAAACGGUACUGGACAGCCCUCUGAGAUGCGGAAUUGGCAGGCUGCCCCUUGGUUCCUAACCAAAUGGAGAUUAUUGAUGGCGUGA